AUGUCUUUCCUGUCACGUUGGUACCAAUCCAAGAAAAAUUAUGAUAUAUCUAUGUAUGCCGGUAGACGCCGAUACCUCUUGGUGGUUCUGGCUGAAAUUCAAAUAGUUGUUGUUUGUGGAAUUGUUUUUGGAUGGUCGUCACUCCAAGAGGUUUUAAUUAAUCAAAAUUACUUUAAUAAUCUUUGUCCGACAGAUCAUCCAAAAUGCAAUCAACAAAGUUUAAGAUUAAAUUUAGUAUAUACCUUUGGUGCUUUUACUGCCACUGGAUCAGCAUUUUUUAGCGGGGCACUUUUUGACAGAUAUGGACCUGUAGUAACAAAUUUAACAUCAUUAGUUAUAAUGAUAUUUGCUUUUUCUUUAAUGGGAGUUGGUGGUCCGGCUUGCCAAGUUAGUUUAAUGCAUAUAAAUAAUUUAUUCCCAACUUACUAUUCGUCGAUAUCUACAUCAUUUUCAGGAAUGUAUGUAGCUUCCUCUUUUGUUUUUAAAAUAUUUCAAAUUAUCGCCACAAACUAUGGUGUCCAAGUUUCAGAGUUGUUUUUGUACUAUAUGGGACUGGUCAUUAUCAUCAUUCUACCUACUAUUUUUUUGAUGCACCACAAAGCAUACCUGCCUAUUGAAGAGUACAAAGCAAAGGUAAAUCGAACCAUUAUUGAGGAUGAAGAGACUACAGAUGAAGCCGCUGGCCUGUUAAAUGACGAUGAGAAGACUUCGAUGGCCGUUAAUCAUGACCCCUAUUUAGUUAUGAAACACCGACCAUUCAUAAAGCAACUGUCUUCUUGGCAUUUCUAUAUCCUUGUAAUAUUUAUGAGUUUUAACUCAUUACACAAUGUUUACUACGUCGGAAUUGUUGAUGAUAUUUUUAAAGAUAAACCACUCUAUGUAAAUGCUUUUAAUUAUAUUUGGAAUGGUGGUGUAUUAUUUGUACCUAUUUGUGGCUUUCUAAUGAUGAAAUUCUCACUACCAAACAACGGAUUCAUUGUAAAUACCAUUGGAAUCCUAUUUGGUAUAUGCUCUUGUAUUCCAGUGCCAGAGUUACAAUUUGCCAGUUUUGUAUUCCUUUCAUUCCAAAAUGUUUAUAUCUGGGGAUUCAAAUUUGUUUAUUUAGGAGAAGUAUUUAGUUAUGAUAACUUUGGUAAACUAUUAGGAAUAGGUGCUAUUUUAGUUGCUAUUAUUGUGUUUGGUUGGUCUCCUUUGGAACAGGAAAUGGUUAAACAAGGCGCAUUUAAAUAUCUAUGUGAACCUGGUGAAUCUGAAUGUAAAAGUCAAGAAUUAAGAUUGAAUUUAGUAUAUACUUUAGGUGCAUUCACUGCUACUGGAUCUGCAGUUGGCAGUGGUGCUAUAUUUGACAAGUAUGGACCGGUAUGGACAAGUGCACUUUCGUUAGUCAUUAUGAUUCUCGGUUGUAUCUGUUGGUAUAUCACAGAUUUAGUAAAUGAAAACUUGUAUAUAUUGUCUUUUGCAUUGUUGGGUAUUGGUGGACCUGCUUGUCAAGUCAGUCUUAUUCAUAUUUGUAACUUAUUUCCAGCGUAUGCCUCAACUAUAUCGACUUCUUUCUCUGGAGUGUUUGUAGGAUCAUCGUUUGUUUUCAAAGUAUUCAGUAUCAUUGCACAAAACGGUGUUGGUUGUGAUGUUUAUUCCUUCGAUUCUGCUGAUGCACACGAAAGCGUAUCUGCCGCUGCACGAAUUCAAAGAGAAUCUUCUGGAGAGCUCAGAGGAGUCGAAGGAACCAAACAAGAAGAGUACCGACAUCUAUUCGCAUCAGGACAUCGAGAAGGUGCCGAUUAUCAACUCACCACCGAUUGUCAUUGA